UAGCUUCGUGAGUCGUGACUACAGCGCAUCUGCCCCCUAUGGGCCCCGCCAUGGACGAUAUUCCCGCCAACGAGAGUAGUGAGAUAAGCCGACUUCUGUUGGCCGCGGGGAAUGCUCAGUCUGGUCAACGUGCAUGUGGUAUCAGCGGACUAUAUAUGCCCGCCCAUAUCAUCAUAUGCACCUCACAUCAUCCCUCAGACCUUCACGAAGCUUCAAGAAUACGUUCUCUGCUUCCUUCAGCAGUAUCAGAAGUGUUGGGGGUUUAUAAUCUCUUUUCAAAGCCGUGCCUCUCCCAAAUCUAUACCAUCCAUCAGACGUCAUGUCUUCUGAUUCGGAGGAGUCGUCGUUUUGGUCUCGCAGCGACGAAUAUCUCCUCAAGACCGGCGUGCCUUACUCCCCCAUCAUUGUCACCAAAGCCCAAGGUACCAGGCUCUACGAUGCCGAGGGCAAUAGUAUGCUCGACUUCACGUCGGGCCAGAUGAGCUCCCUCCUGGGCCACUCCCACCCAGAGAUUGUCCAAGUGGUCAGGGACUCGAUCGGCGAGCUCGACCACCUCCUCUGCAACAUGAUCACGCACCCGGUGGUCGACCUCGCCGAGCGGCUAGGCCGCCUCCUGCCCCGGCCGCUGCAAAAGUCCUUCUUCCUCAACACGGGCUCGGAGACCAUCGAGGCGGCCAUCAAGAUGGCCAAGUGCUACACGGGGAAAUUCGAGAUCGUCGCCUUCUCCGCCAGCUACCACGGGCUGACCCAGGGCGCGGGCUCGGCCACCUACACGGCGGGCCGGAAGCACGGCGGCCCCGCGAUGCCGGGCCACCUGGUCUUCCCCGCGCCGUACGCCUACCGGUCGCCGUUCCGCAAGCCCGAUGACGGCGGGUCGUACGACUGGGAAGCGGAGCUCGAGUACGGCUGGUCGCUCAUCGACCGGCAGAGCGUGGGGUCCCUGGCGGCCUUUGUGAUGGAGCCCAUCCUCUCGACGGGCGGCAUCCUCGACCUGCCGGCGGGGUACCUGAGGCGCAUGAGCGAGGAGUGCAAGAAGCGCGGCAUGCUCCUCAUCCUCGACGAGGCGCAGACCGGCGUGGGGCGGACGGGCAAGAUGUUCGCGUUCCAGCACGAGGAGGAGGGCGGCGGCGUGGUGCCCGACAUCCUUGCGCUCUCCAAGACGUUGGGGUGCGGCUUGCCCCUCGCGGCGGUGUGCACGACGGCCGAGAUCGAGCGCGGGUGCCGGGAGGCUGGGUUCCUGUGGCUGACGACCCAUAUCAACGACCCGCUUACGGCGGCGGUGGGGAAUAAGGUGCUCGAGAUUGUGGAGCGGGAUGACGUGUGCGGACUGGCGGCCGAGCGGGGGGCGCAGCUGCGGGCCGGUCUCUUGAAGCUGAAGGAGAAGUACUGGUGCGUGGGUGACGUCCGGGGGAAGGGCUUGCUCCAGGGUAUCGAGAUCAUCUCGGAUGUGACGACACGGGCUCCCGGCACGGAUAUCGGACAUGCCGUCUCGGAUCGUGCCAUGGAGUUGGGCUUGUCGUGUAACAUUGUCAACUUGCCGGGCAUGGGAGGCGUUUUCCGCCUGGCGCCGCCGGUGACGGUCACGCCGGAGGAGAUUGAGGAGGGCAUCCGGAUUUUGGAUGAAGCUUUUGCACAUGUCCUCAAGGAGGGAAAGUUGGCUAAUGGGACGGCAUAGCUGAGAGAUAAUUAGAUUGACCGGAACACAUGGUUGGCGUCGGAGGCAUAGUAGAGAUUAUAGAAUGCAUGAUGCAUCUGCGGCUGGUCGAGUUCUUCAUCGGUCUUUGGCGUAAUGACUCCGAUGAUGCUGCAUGCUCACCCCUCAUUCUUCGUGUCAGUUCUGGGCACCAAAAGGCAGUAUCUCGUCACACAAGCAGCAAGCCUCCAGGCUCCAGGGUCUGGGACUCUGGGCGACCAUGAACUUUGAAGUCGAGGACGAGUCACGAGAGGGAUUUCUCCGGGAAUGGUCCGAAUGGAGGCGACGACAUGGCGGUGGAGAUGGUUACGAAACGGAUUGAGGCCCAUAGCUGUGAUUUACUCUGAAAUUCACUGUAAACCGUUGAGUCUUGG